AUGUUCGGUCCUCCCGGCCACCGCCCCUGCGGUAAUCUGAGCAUUUACUUGAGCGCGGACAGUUUCUGUUACCGACCGCGUUUCUGUCUCGAGCUCCUGCGGGAAUAUUGUCCAUUGGUGGAAAGACUUGGUUUGGAUGAGAACUUCCUGGAUAUCACGGAUGUGGUGGAGCAAUGUGUAGGCCGCUUCCAUCCAAGUGGAUGGGCUGGGAUCCGUGUCUCAGGCCAUGUCUACAAGCACCAAGCCAUCAACAUGCAGGAUCCAACCAAUCGGAAGCUCGCCGUUGGAUCCCAAGUGAUGGAAGAGCUCCGGGAAUGCCUUUACUCCACGUUGGGCCUCAGCAGCAGUGCUGGGGUGGCCACCACCAAGCUCUUGGCCAAGGUGGUCUCUGGGACCUUCAAGCCCAACCAACAAACCCUGCUUCUGCCUCACAGCACCCAGGAGCUGCUGAGGAACCUGGGACCCAUCCGGAAGGUGCCAGGCAUCGGCUCCAGGACCGCGGAACGACUGGAAGCGUUGGGUGUGAAAACCGUGGUGGAUCUCCAAAGGUUUCCAUCUACUGGCUUGGAGAAGGAGCUGGGAAUUGCGCUUGCUCAACGGAUCCGGAAGCUCAGCUAUGGGCAGGAUGAGGCCCCUGUGACACCAUCAGGACCUCCUCAGUGAUGCGAUUCCUUCUGCUCUUGGUCCUUUAGUGAUGAAGAUUCCUUCCGGAGGUGCUUCUCAGAGGCGGAAGUCCAGGAGAAACUGCGAACGAUGCUUCCAAGCCUCUUGGAAAGAAUCCGCCAGGAUGGCAGGCAGCCACGCACCAUAAGGUUGAACAUCCGCCGCUUCUCCUCAUCGGGAAAGGGGUUCCAUCGGGAAUGCUGUCAGAGCCCUAUCCCACCACAUCUCCUUCCCAAAUUUGGGAAAGAUCCCGGGAGCCUCCUCUCGCCCUUGGGGAGCAUCCUAAUGAAGCUCCUGCGGAAGAUGAUCCCGACGGAGCUCCCGUUCCACCUCACCCUCCUCAACAUCUGCUUCUCCAGCCUCCAGGAGCUUCCCACCAGGAAGGGCUCCAUUGGCUUCUACCUCAAGGGCAAGGGCCCAGCACCCCCUUCUGGCCAAGGAGGGAGUGGCAAGGUGUUUGUCUAG